AUGUGUUCAAGCAUGGGCAUGCUCAACUGCGCGGACACAAGCUCCGGCGCAAAACUACAGCAGCAACAAGCACCGACAUCGCCCACCGCCUCGGUCUCGGAGUCUAACAUCGUUGUGUCAUCGACAGAUCCCGAUGCCAACGACGCCCUAGCCGGCCUACAAGCUCUCAAGUUCGACGGGGACAUCGACGUCGAGAUCCAGUCGCCUGACCUUGCCAUGUGGGAGUCGCUCUUCGCCGAGCACAUGGGCGCCUCAGGGAGUGACUUCUUGACGUUCUCUCCGAUGAGAGAAUUCAUGGCCACCGGAAGCCCUAGGAGAGACUUCAUGGUCUCCUCUCCCAAGAGAGACUACAUGGUGUCCUCCCCCAAGAGAGACUACAUGAUGUCCUCGCCAAAGAGGGACUACAUGCUGUCCUCCCCCAAGAGGGAGUACAUGGUGACGUCACCUCGGAGAGACUCUUCCCCAAGGAGAUCAACCUUCUCCAACCUCUACAGCGCCGGCAGCCACCAGCAGGCCUAUGUCCAUGGUGUGCACGGAGCGGAGGGAGGUGGCGGCGCAAGCCAGCCGCUGUACGGCGGCCUUGCCAACCAUGGCAAGGGCAAGUCGCAGAGCCCGCUGCACAAGGUGUACAUCAACAACGCCCACAGCAACCACAGCGGCAACAAGAGCAACGGCCCGUCCUCCCUCUCAUGCUCCUCCUCCUACGGCCAUGUUGAGAACUUGCCGUUGCCAUCCAUGGACCCCUUCCUCAACGACGGCGGGUACCUAGCCGGGUACCAGCUGCCGGGGAAGCCCGUCUUGCAGAGCGGCGCCGCCUCGGCCACGGUCACCACGGUGGCUCCCUCGUCGCAGCUGCCGACGCUGUCGGAGUGCCUGGCCAUGCCGGAGCCCGUGUACGGAGGCGCGGAGGAAGCGGUUGCAGCGGCGGUGGCCGCCGGAGGGCUGCAGAUGGGCGGCGGCUUGCCUGCGGAGUUGUACUACGGAGGACAGUUUGGAGUGACAGGCGACGGCUUGACGCUGCAGCACCAGAUGGCCAAGAACGAUCAGUGGGCGGCAGACUCGUCACUGCACAGCAUGCUGGGCUCAGUGAUCCAGACGGAGGCCGAGCAGGAACAAGACAGCGGUCUUCAGCUGGUGCACCUCCUACUGGCCUGCGCCGACUUCGUCUCCAAGGGCGACCAGCCGUCGGCGCUGCGCCACCUCCACCUCCUCCGCCGCGUCGCCUCCCCGCUGGGCGACUCCAUGCAGCGCGUCGCCUCCUACUUCGCCGACGCCCUGGCCGCCCGGCUCUCCCUCUCCUCGAACCCGUCCUCGUCGUCCUCCUCCGGCGCCGCCACGCCGCGCGGCGGUGCCGGCGCCGGCGUCGCCCCCUACACGUUCCCUCCCUCGCCGGACACGCUCAAGAUCUACCAGAUCCUCUACCAGGCCUGCCCCUACGUCAAGUUCGCGCACUUCACCGCCAACCAGGCCAUCUUCGAGGCCUUCCACGGCGAGGACCGCGUCCACGUCGUCGACCUCGACAUCCUCCAGGGCUACCAGUGGCCGGCCUUCCUCCAGGCGCUCGCGGCGCGCCCCGGCGGCCCGCCGACGCUGCGGCUCACCGGCGUCGGGCACCCCGCGGCCGCCGUCAGGGAGACCGGGCGCCACCUCGCCUCCCUGGCCGCGUCGCUGCGCGUGCCGUUCGAGUUCCACGCCGCCGUCGCCGACCGGCUCGAGCGGCUCCGCCCCGCCGCGCUGCAGCGCCGCGUGGGCGAGGCGCUCGCCGUCAACGCCGUGAACAGGCUGCACCGCGUCCCCGGCGUGCACCUCGGCCCGCUGCUCUCCAUGAUCCGCGACCAGGCGCCCAAGAUCAUGACGCUCGUCGAGCAGGAGGCCGGCCACAACGGCCCCUACUUCCUGGGCAGGUUCUUGGAGGCGCUGCACUACUACUCGGCGAUCUUCGACUCGCUGGACGCGACGUUCCCGGCGGACUCGGCGCCGCGGUUGAAAGUGGAGCAGUGCCUGCUGGCGCCGGAGAUCCGGAACGUGGUGGCGUGCGAGGGCGCCAAGCGGAUAGCGCGGCACGAGCGACUGGACCGGUGGCGCCGCCUCAUGGAGGGCCGCGGCUUCGAGCCCGUGCCGCUCAGCCCGGCCGCCGUCGGCCAGAGCCAGGUCCUGCUGGGGCUCUACGGCGCCGGCGACGGGUACAGGCUCACCGAGGACAAGGGAUGCCUCCUGCUCGGGUGGCAGGACCGCGCCAUCAUCGCCGCCUCGGCAUGGCGGUGCUGA